UCCCAGUGGCGGAUCCAGUCUGAGGAUAUAGAUCCAGCUCAUCUACAAGUGUGAUCAGCAGAGGAAGCGUUCUGAUCUCACUGCACUGACAAUCUAGGGCCAUGGAGUUCAAUUGGAAGGCACUGGAGAAUUUCCCAUUGUUGAUGUACAUUUUAGCAGCAAAGACCUUGCUGCUGUGUCUGGCCUUCGCUGGCGUCAAGAUAUACCAAAGUAAAAAAAUUGAAGCAAAGUUAAAGCAGGAACGGGAGGAAAAACGUCGACGCUUGGCGGAGGAAACAGAAAAAGAUGAAACUGAGAAAAAAGAAGAUUGAGGUGAAUUUCUAGAGUUUGGUUUUUUAUCUUCUCUAACUCUCUUGGGAGGAAUGGAUUGCAAAAGAAUUGUGAAGACCGAGGACUAAUAAAUUAUUACUUUAUAUUUUUUUU